AUGCCAGGACCGCAUGGAACGGCCCAUGAAACAUACCCCCUAUGGCGGCCCUGCUUUUGUCGUGUCUGGGAGACAGUACGGCAUAAGGCAAAAGCAACUUUGACAGCUGACAUUAUCAAUGCCCUUGAAGGCAAGAGGUUCAUUACUGUAAUAGAUGCCGCUGAAUGGAUCUACCAGUGGCGCGCCUCGACUAUCAGUUUCACGGGAAGUAGUGGUUUGCUCGAGCAGAGAGAGUCCGACUUUACAAGGAAUCACACAAGAGAAAACCCGUUCCUAUCGGAUAACCUUAUUCUUCCAUAUCCAGCCGGUUUCGCGCCUGAAAUGGAACGGCAUCAAUGA